CGACUGCAAACACACGCAGCCUCCUCUCAGUCGCUCCUGCCGCUGUCAUCAGGGACAAAAACCACCAGCAAACACUCAGCACACCUGGAUCUAUCUCUUAAAGCCGUGUAUUUCCACCUGAUGUGAGAGAGUGUUUUGCACGGAGCAGUGAUGGGCGCGUUUGGAGUGAUUCUGAGGAGUUUACAUUGUAUGGGACUCUACAUCCAACUGAGUGCCAGUCUGAGACAAGCUGGCAGCGACGACGUGGAGAACCACAUAUCCAACAACGCGGUGUUCACAGAGGUCCCUCAUGACAUCACGGCACAGAGCGGACAGGACGUGGAGAUGGCCUGCUCCUUCAGGGGCGCGGGAUCGCCCUCCUACUCGCUGGAGAUUCAGUGGUGGUACAUCAGGAACCACAGAGAAUGGACCGACAAGCAGACAUGGAGCACCAAUCAGGUUGUGCCGCAGAAUGAGAUGUCAAAGGACGCCACCAAAAUCAGUGUAAGUGUGUGA